AUGGACAAUAAUGUUGGCGAUGUUGAAGUUGAAGUGGUCGACAGAGAGCCCCUUUUGCGUGUUUUGAAGCGUAACUGGGCAAAGGGCGCUCGCCUCACUUUUCUGGAGAGCUAUAUCGACAACUACAAAAACGGGCUUUUGACGAAAAAGGCCCCCGCUGUCCUUGACAGUAUCGUCAACGCGUGGUUCGCUCGUUUUCACUGGACGAUCCCCCUCUCUGCCGAAACUGAUCUUCCUGCGACGACCCUGCCUGUCGGUCCCGACGGACAUGAAAUCUUAACCAAAGAACAUCGGAAGCUGAAGGCUGAGGUUGUUGAGCGCACGCAAACUUCACUCUAUGGCUGGUUUGAGUACCGCUGUAAGAAAAUUGUCAAGCUCCCGCGCAGUGUAAAAGGAGGCAAGGACCCAAUGUCCAUCCUCAUUUCGAGACUCUUGGGCCAAGAUGCUACUCCCCCGAAGCGAAACGCGCCUUGGGAGGCUUGGGCCAAGGUUCACUUUCCCGAAAUGAAAGCGACCUUCAAUGUGGAGUUCAAGCAGAGUGGAAAACCGAGGAACUUACUCGCGUCUGCUCGUAACGAGUUCAAAAUGGCGGCAUUCAAACGACUCGACGAAGCCGAACGUCAGCGCUGGGAGGACAUAGCACAGCAGGAACACCUUGACCACAAGAAGCGUCUCGAAGAUCUUGAGGGCGAGGAGGGCUUGAUGGAUCCUGAGGCGGCGCAAGAAGUCCUUGAUCGCCUUCCUAAUCUUUUGGGGCCGCUCAUUCAGGCCAUCAGAGAGGCGACCGGUAUGCACUUGUCGGUGCUGGUUGGGGGUCCUGAGCCAAAGAAAAAGGGCCAGCUGAACAUGUUUGGCAUUCACCAUGGCACUAACCUCGCCCCAUCACCGAAGUCUUGGCCCUUUGCUGAAAAGGAGCAAUGGAACAUCGCUAAGGAAGCGUUUUUGAGAUUCCUUUCAACAUGUUACACUACAGAACAGCAACGCACACGCGCGAUCAUCCCAUCCACUGUGCAAUCCACUGAACAACCCACUGCAGGACCGUCAUCAUCAUUCCCUUCGGGCACUCUGCCUCCAUCUACCCAGCCGUCACCCACACCCUUGACUACUAUACCCUCUGCCCCGCCUUCCAAUUCCACGGACUUGAAAACACGACGCAAGCGAAAGGCUGGGAAAGGUAGAAAGAAUCCCACAAAGAAGGCAAAGCGGGCACGGAUAUCAAAGAAGAACGGCUCGGCGAUUACAUCCGAUGGGAAGUCAGAUCCGUCUAGUUCCGACGCUGAGGAGUCUCCCACAGACGACGAGGACGACAGCGACGACGGCGACGACAUUGACGAUGGUAAUGAUGAGAGUGGUGACAUUGAGGCGGACGUUCCAGCUCUCAGGACGAGGUCAGGGAGGAGUGGUGGCAAGACUUCCAUGGACCCGAGUCGCUGGAAGAAGACUCAACCAUCUGCUUCUGCCAUCAAUGGUAACAAUGUUACCAUCCACAUCAACACGUCAACUGUCAACAGCUUCACGAACAUCAACGCUUCUCCGCCUGCAAGCACGUCGAAGGCUGAGGCCCCAUGUUCGCUCGACACCGGGGAUCCAUAUCCCCCUCCUCAGGGUGACUCUGCUCACACUCCUCGCUCUCCUCUCAUAUCGCAGCUUACUACCGGCUCUGUCACUAAAAUUGACCCCGACCCAUCUUGGCCAGAAUGGUUCCGCGACGGUUAUAAUUUUCUCACUGCCAAGGAUCUCGGUAUGCAAUUUACUACAGCCGUUAACACAUACGUCCAACUCGAAAGCCACACUUCGUUCCAAGCGGGUUCACGUUCUGAGGGGUUUAAACCCACCAACAGGCCGACAGAAGUAGCGUGGUGGGUCGCUCGAGGACGAAAGGCGCAACCAAUGAUCGAGGAUAAGCGCGUAUUUGAGCAACGGUGGUGGAAGUGGUGGAACGGAUUGCAGCCAAUUUGGUGCGACGUUGCGGGUGUUGAGGGUGCGUUAAAUGCCUCCCAUCGAUUGUGCUCAGAGGGAGAUGGCGGUUGGACGGCUGUGAAUAAACAUGGGAGGAAUGCAUUCCUCACCGUGAUGGCGACGCUUGUGUGGUGGGCGGAUGGGUUGAAAGAUUGUGCUCAAGAUCCAGGUUGGCUAGCGGCUGUCGAAGAAGUCGCAUGGGUGUUGGAUCAAAUCAAUACAAGGUUGGUCUGUCGUCGUGGACUGUAUACAGCAGGAGCUGACGGACAAGGCAGCCAAUCUGCACCCUCAAACUAG